GCCUGUUUGCAGUAAAACAGCAGCCGCCAAACACACAAACACUGCACUAGGUGUCAACAUUGUCAAGGAGCAAUCAUAACUAAAGCAACCGUUGAAGAAAGUAGUCUGUUCCCGUUCUCCUUGACAUUGUUAUCGGUCCGCUCAUCGACUCCAUUAAGGGUCAUCGCCUCAAAUUCAUUCACAAAGUCAUUCAGCUCAUUUUCGCAACCAAAUCCCCGCCCGAAAUAAAUGACGUUGACAGUUUAAUCAAAAUUCGUGACCCGAUUUAAUUUCGUCAUCCUCCUAUGGCUGAAGAUUCCAAAAGCAGCGACGCCUCAGACAGUUCCUCAGAGAGUCCGAAUGAACCCGUUAAACUCGAAAAACCGAUACCAAAGCCCCUCAUCCAGGGGAAAGUCACGAAAAAACGGAAAAACAUCAUUUCAGUGUGUCUGACAAAUUGCCGCUAUGAAGUCAUUCGGAAAAUUGCUGCCAAAUUUGCGUACAAAGAGGUGAGCGAAAGCGAAAACUGGAACUUGUACUGGACCGACCUCUCCAUCACGGUCGAGCGGUGCAAGGAAAUGAAGCGCUACCAGAAAAUCAACCACUUUCCUGGAAUGCUGGAAAUUUGCCGCAAGGAUCUCCUGGCACGGAAUCUGAACAGAAUGCUCAGACUUUUUCCAAAGGAGUAUAAUUUUUUCCCAAGGACUUGGUGUCUGCCUGCCGAUUUGGGCGAAGCCCUCACUUAUAGUAGACUGCGUCGGAACCGGACUUUUAUACUAAAACCGGACGCCGGGAGCCAAGGACGCGGAAUUUUCGUAACGAAAAGUUUGAAAGACAUUAGGCCCUGUGAUAGGGGCGUUUGUCAAGUCUACAUCAACAAACCGUAUCUUAUAGAUGGUUACAAGUUCGACUUGAGAAUAUACACCUUAAUCACAUCGUGUGACCCUUUACGAAUUUAUAUUUACGAAGAGGGUUUGGUCAGAUUUGCUACCACAAGGUACAAGGAACCUAACGCAGUUAACAUCACCAAUGUCUUCAUGCAUUUGACAAACUAUGCGGUCAAUAAGUACAGCCGCACGUACAACCAAGACACUGAGGAAGGUAGCAAAAGAAAAUUGUCGUGGUUUAACAACUAUUUGCGAAAGUUGGGCCACGAUGUUGAGGGUAUUUGGAAAAGAAUCGACGAUGUUAUCAUUAAAACUGUGAUUAGCGCAGCUCCUGUUCUCAAGCACAGCUACGCUGCUUGUUUCCCAAACCAUGACGUGAUCCCGGCUUGUUGCGAGCUACUAGGAGUCGAUAUAAUCCUGGAUAAAAGACUAAACCCCCAGAUUCUAGAAGUGAACCACUCUCCUAGUUUCCACACAGACACUGCUCUAGACUGGGAGAUUAAAGAAUCUCUCCUUUCGGACAUGUUCGCAAUGAUGAACUUAGACAAGUGUGACAAAAGAAAAGUCAUGAGAGAAGACCGAAAACGUAUAAGGGAAAGAUUACUACACGGUAAAGACCACCAGCCUCCAGUUGUUGUCAGCUUUGACGAUUAUUACCGCCACGAAAUGAACAGUCGCGGAGGCUUUCGCCUAGUUUACCCAAGCCAGGCAACCAAAGUACACUACAACAAAUUUUUCGAUCAAGGCCAAGGCUCCUUAUAUUCCGAAACUGCAGCUAGUCGAGCCAGAGAAGCGGCUCAGAAUGCUCUCCGAGACGAAAUGCAGCUGAAAGCGAGGUUGGAAGCAGCAAAACGAGUGGUGAUUCCACCAAUUAAACCCACACCGCCCAAAAAACAAGAAAGCCCGAAUCUGAGUCAAAAACCAACGUCCAAAUCUACCGCAGUUUUGUCGGUAAUGAGUUCCUCAGAACCACAAAUGAUCGUCGAAUCGGAGGAAAGAGAUCGCCUCCAAAAGCUGGCUCAGCGGGAGUAUCUUAUUCGAAGUCACGGUAUUUUGGAACAUGUCUAUUUUUCAAUGAAGAAGAAUGGGAAUUUGAGACCGCGUGACGAAAAGAAGUUCGCAAUUUUUGACAAGAUACGCGCCACAAGUGAGAAUAAUUUUAACAAGCAAAAUGGGAUCGCUAUCUCGGAUUUUGUGGAGUCGAUCAAGGCCAAGUCGAGCAUCUGAUGAGUGAAAUGGGCCUCUAAUACAUUUAUUAACACACGUUUAUUUGCCCAGUUGACAAUAAUCAAAUUAUUCUCAGUAAUAAUGUACUUUUAUCUAUUUUAAGACGAAUUAUAUCAAAGCUGUGUUUA